CAACGAACCAAUCAGGUAGCGGUGCUCUAUUUCCAUUUGGGAUGGCCACACGGGUCCGGCUGCGCCCGGCCGCGCCCACCGACGUCUCGCGCUACGAGGACGUGCUGGCGCGCGUCCGCCUCCGCGUCUCGAACGCGCUGCCACGCGUCUUCCUCUUCUCGGCGCCGAUCGAUCCGUGCUUGGAACUCCCGGCGAACGACCUGUCUGCCGUCGACGCAGCGUCGGCGACCGUCGUGCCAGGCCAGCAUGUGCGCAUUGGUAACCCGGCGUGGGACGCCGAGGUGCACGCCCACGUGCGCAAGACGAUCCGAACGACGUUCGCGCCCUCGAGCCCGUUCACGAUCGCGCUUGCCUACUACGCGACGAGCCUCCGCCGCUGGCCGCGCCCACGUGGCGCCUUUGGGACGCUCUGCAUCGAGCUGCCUCUGUUUCCAGAAACGACCGCCGCACGCUGCGCCAUUUGGCUCGCGGGCACAAACCUCCCGAUCGAAAUCGGCGCGUCGCCGGUCCUCGUGUACGACCUCGUCUUGGACGGCCCAGAUGUGCGCAACGUCGAGGCCAUCGCAGGCGUCCGUGCGUUGGCCUCUCGCCCGUCGCCAACGCAGUUCAACUUUUACAAGGUGCUGACCAACCCGGAUGUCGACCGCGACGAGCUGCACCCGCGCGACGCCGCCAUCACGUCCGUUCUCCUGACGUCGACCAUGUACGACGUGCUCUUGGCCAACCUCGAGUGGUCGCGGUCCAAAAACUACCCGACAGUGACUUCAUGGUGCGUCGCCUCGGACAGCGCCGACGUGCCCGACGCGAUCUUGUCGGCGCCGCAGGCGUGCGUGCUGCAAGGCCGCAUCCAAGCGACCGCCGGGCGCAGUGCGUGCGGCCUUGUGUUCUGGGCCAAGAGCCACCGCGCAUACGUAGCACCGCUCUCCGCACUUGGCGAUGUUAUUCGAAGCGGCGGUACCGCCUUUGGCCAAACCAGUGUCGACGGGCUACUCGAGAUGGUCUUGCCGCGCUUUCAAGAUCCGCGCGAGAUGACGCAAGACAGCUUUGGCCGCAGCGUCACGUCGUUCUACACCGCGCUGAGCGACGGCCAGCACCUUGAGUGGAUCGAGCGCUUUCUCUGCGACGUGUACGACGCGCCAGUGCGCAACGAAGAGCUGACGGCGAUGUGUCAUCUCUUGGCGCGCGACAUUGCUACCUUUGGCUGGUCGAUCAUGGGCCCAAUGCUCUCUCGGCUACUCGAGCGCUGGACAACGUCGCCGACGAAUUGGCGCCUUGCGUGCAGCUACCGCCUCGUCGCAAACCUCGCGGGCGUCUCGAACGACCCGGUGCAUAUGAAUAUGGACGCACCGAGCUUCCACGAGUGGGUCGUCGACGCGUACACAGACCUCGCCGCCGCCGCCCAAAGCGCCAUUGCACAAGGCGAUCUGAAGAGCGACGCUGCGGCCGCACGCUGCGUCUUGACGCACAGCUUUCAGCUCCACGCGUUCGUCACGCACCUCGAGGUGACCCACCGAUGGUUCUUUGGCUCAGCGCCUCCCGACAUUGUGCAUGCGAUUGCGUCCUUCCGUGGGCCGACAUUUGACCUCGAAGCAAUCGUGUCGGAGCUCUCGGAGCUGACGCUUUUGGCGCCGACGCUGCUCGCCGUGUAUCGCCAAGGCUUUCACUUGCCCGCGGCCGAAUGGAUCGAGACGGUGCUGCGCGCGUACGCGCACCGCGUCCUGCACGUUCUGGGAUACGAUCUGAGCGUCGACGUGCGCGCCAGUAUCCUCGGCGUCGCUGCGAUCGCAGGUCUCUUCGACUCGGCUCUCGAUCUCAUGGCGAGCGAGCGACUUCUGUACGUGGUGCCUUCCGUGCUUUUGUUUCUUCAGUCCCUUCCCACGCCAGCGCCACCCGAUGUCCUGGCUCCGUGCUCCAGUUUGCUGCUUGCGCUGGCGUCCGACGUUGACCGCGCGCGUCGGCCUGCCAGAGACGACGAUACGGUCCGUGACUACUACGCCGCAACGCUGGACGAUGCAAUGGACGCUCCGAUCGACGUCACGUUGUGGCUGGACGCCUUUGCGUUUUUCGUUAUGUUUGACCCGACAAACUUGCUGCGGUUUGGCACGGCGUGGGUCGCAAGUGGGCUGCAGCUCGAGCACACGCUUGUCUUGGACGUCGUCGUCCGCUUCUAUGACCGGUUUCCUCACGAGAUGGAGGGGUUCCUCGCGCUCGCAACGACGACGCUUCAUGCGUUGCCCGACGUUGCUGACGACGAUAGGGCCCGUCGGCAACGGCUGCAAGAGCUCCUCGAUGCAGCUGAAAUCUCAGCGCGCAAGCGUGCACGCGUCGAGUAGCGCUAUGAGACUGUAAAAUGCAUGAAAUAGAGUUUUCGAAUCGGCGUAACCCGAGAACAAAUGUACGGAAAUGUCAAUCAAC